AUCAAGACGUUCAAGAUAGAAUGUCAACAGUGUCAAAAUUCAUCCGAUUUUCGUGCAAAAGUUAAAAUAAUUUUAACUUCUUCCGAUGACUUUAAUUUCGUACGAAUACCCAACUGUCACUUUUUAGCCAAUGAAAUUCUCUGAAAUUUAUAUCGUAUCAUCGUACCGUCGGACAUCGGAUCUGUGAAAAUCCACCUUUUGGCGUUAACCUUAACCUUAGGAUCCUUACUAGGAUUUUUUAGGUUAUUCCCAUUUGAACUGAAUCUAAUUAUAAAACUGAUAACAUUAGUUUAUCCUGAUAAGGGUUCAAUACUUCGUUCAAUUAUUUUGAAAUUUAUUCAAUUCUGUAGUGAAGAUGGGAGACACUGGUAUCGAUAAAGUUUGUAAUGACUUCCACAGUUUGGAGGUCGAAGAAACUUUUGAAGAUGCUUUGGAUGGUCAAUGCCUUGGACGCACCAGGAAUGGUAAAUCUGAAUCUGAUGAAGGAGAUGCACAAGGAACAGAUGGAAAAACGUCUGGUGAAAAAGCUGCAAGAAUGCCAGUGCACAAAAAUUCCCCUUAUUACAACAUGGACCAUCCUAAAAGAGGUAUGGCCCUUAUUUUCAAUCAUGAAUUCUUCGACGAUGAAGACCUACUAACUAGAAGAGGUACUAACGAAGACUGCAGAAACCUCAAAGAGUGCCUUAUUGCUUUGGGCUUUGAUGUGCAGGUUUUCAAGGAUUUAGAUAAUCGGGAUAUUGAACAACAUAUUGAUGACACUGCCAAAAUCGAUCAUAACAAAUAUGAUUGUCUGUUAAUUUCUGUUCUGUCCCAUGGUGACUUGGGAAUAGUACAUGCAAAAGAUGGACCGUAUAAGCCUGAAACACUUUGGACACCUUUUACUGCAGACAAGUGUCCCAGCCUUGCAGGAAAACCGAAAAUAUUCUUCUUGCAAGCCUGUCGAGGUAGGCAAUUCGAUAGUGGGAUCAUAUUGAAAAAAACUGAAACUGAUGGAGAGCAGACUUCUUAUAAAAUUCCAGUUGAAGCUGACUUCCUCAUAGUAUAUUCUACAGCGAUUGGUUAUUUUUCAUGGCGUAAUCCCGUUAAAGGUUCCUGGUUCAUCCAAUCACUUUGUGACGAGCUGAAGAAAAAAGCUUUUGAGCUGGACCUCUUAAGUAUUCUGACCUUCGUCUCUAAACGUGUAGCCUUAGACUGUGAAAGCAACGUUCCAGACAUCCCCAGCAUGCACCAGCAAAAACAAGUACCCUGUAUAGUGAGCAUGCUUACUAGAUUUAUCCAGUUUAACCAUAAGGAGGGUGAUAAGGAGGUUUAAAAACAUUAUUUCUGGUUUUGUGGAUACUCUUCUUAAUUGAUUUCAACGGAAACCUUCUGCGAUAAAACCGAAAUAUUUUAUCAUAAGACUAAAAAUCAAUUUUUCUCAAUUUCAUAAACAUUAAAUUACAAUUAUAAUUUAUAAAUAAUUAUUGUUGUUGUUAUCUUUGUCUUUAUUAUUUUUAGAAAAUUGUUUUCAUUAAACAUGUAUUUUUUAUAAAAUAAAUGUUUUACUUUUUAUAUAA